UCAAAACAAACAUUUAUUAAAAUCGUUUUUACGAAAAAAACGUAAUCCACACCGUUUUUUUUUGUCUGUUAGGGAAAAUUAAAAAAUAAACAUAAUAGACUUUGUUCAAUGCGAAUUCGAUGCUUGGUUCUGUAAAAAAUAUUAAAACCUGUGUGAUACAUAUUUUUAAACGAAGAGUUUUCCCAUUCCUAAAUUUUUUAAGAAGCACAUAAAACAAUCUGUGUGACAGAUGAUUUUUUGAUGACGCUAGCAUUGAAAGAGUGAAAUCACUAUUACUUUAUGAAGAAAAUGUUUAAAAGAUUUAUGUAAUAAAAAAAAAAAGAAUACUUGCAAUGUUUUCGUUAGUGUCAGGUUUUUGGAAAUGGAUGACAUAUAAAGAGGAGUUACGUUUUUUAAUUAUUGGACUUGAUAAUUCUGGGAAAACUACAACAUUUGAGGCGAUUAAGAAUCUUUAUCCAUCAAGAGAAACAAAAGUUCCCGUAGACCGAAUUACCCCAACGUAUGGUUUAAAUUUAUGUACCAUUUCUAUAGAUAAAAUGUUUGUUGGAAUUUUUUGGGAUUUAGGAGGUCAAAUUAUGUUACGAUCUUUAUGGGAGAAUUAUUAUAGUGAAUGUGAUGGUAUUAUUUUUGUUUUGGAUAGUACAGAUAUUCACCGAAUGCGAGAAGUUUCGAAUACCAUGGAAUAUGUUUUAAACCAUCCUGCAUUAUGUGAUCGUUCAGUACCAGUUAUCAUUUUAGCUAAUAAGCAAGAUUUAAAAACAGUAACACUAACAAUAGAUCAACUGAUAGAAAUGUUAGGUCUUCAAAAUGCAUUAAAACAAGCUCAAAUUUUCAAUUUUCAACAAGAUAUUCAUUCAGGAAUGCCGAAUAAUCGAUUUGUAACAAAAAAAGAAUUUUCAUAUAAUGAUGAAUGGACUCUUUCGACAUCAGCUUGUCCAACAGUCGACACGAAUCUUAAACGUGUGACGUCUAAAGUAUUAUCAACAAAAUUAUCUCGCGCCCCUUCAUCCACAAAUACAUUAACCUACGAUAUGUAUCCAGAACCACUUCAAGUAGAAGACACAUUUGCACGUAUAGUUUGCGUUACUGGUUGUUCCGCUCUUCAAGGUCUUUAUAUCAAAGAUGCAUUAAGCAUUUUAAUUGAAGAAGCAAAAAUACAAAGAACCAAAGUCGCCUUAUAUUAA